AUGGUACUCCAAGGCAUCGUAAAUGCUGCCCAGAAUUUUUACAUCCUCACCUGGGAUGUUGGACUCUCCAUUUUCAAUCUGUUAACACCAAAUCUCAAACCUGGACAUGUCAUCCCAGAAGGGCACCCCGGCGCAGGUGGGUCGUGGCCCGAGUAUAUUGCCCCCAAGGAAGGCGAUAGCAGAUGUUCAUGUCCUGCUCUGAAUGCCUUGGCUAACCAUGGUAUACUACCUCACGAUGGGAAAGGCAUUCCACUCCAGGAGCUAACACGAGUCGUUCGGGCCACAUACAAUUUCUCCCCUUCGUUCUGUUACUUCGUGCCGUUGUUCUGUGCAAGAAUGCUAGGAAAAGAUUAUAAUCAAGACGUCGUGGAUCUAUCCGAGCUGGAUUUACAUAACGGUAUUGAACAUGACGCCUCACUCACAAGACAGGAUCUGUAUCAUGAGCCCAACCAGGCGACUCCUCAUCUUCCUUAUAUCGAAGAGCUUCUCGCCUCCCCUUCCGGAAAAGCGGCGGAUGGUUCGGCCCUUCUCACCGCCGACGACCUCGCACGUUUCUCAGCCAAACGCCGCACCGAAGCGGCCAGCUCUAAUCCCGAAUUUUCGCUGGAUUUCGGGCACAAACUUUUCGGGAGCUCCAAUUCGUCGACAAUGCUUACGAUAAUGGGUGGAAGAGUUAAAGAUCUAGAGUCGUUCUUGGUCGAGGAGCGUAUUCCGGAUGGUUGGGAGUCUAGGAUUCUCUCGAGGAAGGGACUAACAUUCCAGGCUUUCAAUAAAACUGUUUUCAAGGUGGAAUGGAAGACAAAGAAACUCACGGACAAGGCGAAGAAGGAGCAAUAG